AUGGACGUUUUUCUUGAUGUUCUCGACACGUUUGUCUUUGACCGACUGUAUGCAUCUAUCUUGCCUGAUGCAAAUAUAGACCCAGGAGCUUCCACAACACUUUUAAAUCAGCAUGUGAAGGUUUAUUUUCCCUUGGAGCCAUCUCAAUGGGCACAAGCAAGUCUCUGGAAACGAGACAACAUGGUCCGGCAAACAUUCUCAUUGUUUUUGAUUACAUGGAUAUUUGGUCUUUUGAUGUACUUCAUUGGUAGCUUCGUGAUGUACCACACAUUAUACGACAAACGACUACUCAAACAUCCUCGAUAUCUCCCUAAUCAAAUGCGACAAGAAAUAAGCCAAGGCUUAUCGUCGAUGCCCGUCAUGGCCAUUCUUACGGCGCCUUUGUUCCUUGCGGAAGUGCGUGGGUGGUCUAAACUAUACGAUUUUGCUAGCGAGGCCCCAUUCCCCGGUUAUACCUGGCUACAAUAUCCUCUCUUCAUCUGCUUCACAGAUAGUGGAAUCUACUGGAUCCACCGCGGCCUCCAUCAUCCCCUUGUCUAUCGAUGGCUACACAAGCCGCAUCACAAAUGGGUUGUCCCAACCCCCUUUGCGAGUUACGCAUUCCACCCACUGGAUGGCUGGUCACAGAGCUUGCCUUACCAUAUCUUCCCAUUCCUUUUCCCAUUGCAAAAAACCGCUUAUUUGGGGCUUUUCGUUUUUGUCACAAUUUGGACUGUUCUCAUCCAUGAUGCCGAGUAUCUUUCCUCAUCCGAAAUUAUCAAUGGCGCUGCAUGCCACACAAUGCAUCACCUUUACUUCAACUAUAACUACGGGCAAUAUAUCACGAUUUGGGACCGCCUUGGUGGGACAUAUCGCAAGCCCGAAGAGGACAGCUUUGUGCGAAGCCAGAACAAAACUGUAGAGGAGAUGGAAAAGCAAGAAUAA